GCACGGCGGGCAGGGAUGCCGCGGCUCCUGGCGCCGCUGCUGUGCCUGGCUCUGCUGCCCGCUCUCGCCGCGAGAGGCCUGCGCUGCUCCCAGCCCGGGACCUGCCAGAACGGUGGGAGGUGUGAAGUACUCAACGGCACCGAGGCCUGCAUCUGCAGCGGGGACUACGUGGGCCAGCGAUGCCAGGACUCCAACCCCUGCCUCAGCAGCCCCUGUAAGAAUGCUGGGACCUGCCACGUGGUGGACCGAGGUGGCGCCGUGGACUAUACCUGCAGCUGCCCCUUGGGCUUCUCUGGGCCCCUGUGCCUGACGCCCCUGGACAAUGCCUGCCUUUCUGGGCCCUGCCGCAAUGGGGGCACCUGUGACCUGCUCACACUUGCAGAGUACAAGUGCCGCUGUCCCCCAGGCUGGUCAGGAAAGUCGUGCCAGCAGGCUGACCCAUGUGCCUCCAAUCCCUGUGCCAAUGGUGGCCACUGCUUGCCCUUCGAGACCUCCUACAUCUGCGGCUGCCGGCCGGGCUUCCACGGCCCCACCUGCCGGCAGGACGUGAACGAGUGCAGCCAGACACCAGGGCUGUGCCGGCACGGGGGCACCUGCCACAAUGAGGUGGGCUCCUACCGCUGCUCCUGCCGCCCCACGCACACUGGCAGCCAUUGCGAGCUGCCCUACGUGCCCUGCAGCCCCUCGCCCUGCCAGAAUGGGGGCACCUGCCGCCCCACAGGGGAGACCACCCAUGAAUGUGCCUGCCUGCCAGGCUUCACUGGCCAGGACUGCGAGGAGAACGUGGACGACUGCCCGGGAAACAGCUGCAGGAAUGGAGGUGCCUGUGUCGACGGUGUGAACACCUAUAACUGCCGCUGCCCUCCGGAGUGGACAGGUCAGUACUGCACAGAAGACGUGGACGAGUGUCAGCUCAUGCCCAAUGCCUGCCAGAAUGGUGGCACCUGCCACAACACCCACGGCGGCUACAACUGCGUGUGUGUCAAUGGCUGGACGGGUGAAGACUGCAGUGAGAACAUCGAUGACUGUGCCAGCGCUGCCUGCUUCAAUGGUGCCACCUGUCACGACCGUGUGGCUUCCUUCUACUGCGAGUGCCCGCACGGCCGUACAGGCCUGCUGUGCCACCUGAAUGAUGCCUGCAUCAGCAACCCCUGCAACGAGGGCUCCAACUGUGACACCAACCCCGUCAAUGGCAAGGCCAUCUGCACCUGCCCCUCGGGGUACUCAGGCCCGGCCUGCAGCCAGGACGUGGAUGAGUGUGCUCUGGGCGCCAACCCCUGUGAGCACGCGGGCAAGUGCAUCAACACGCUGGGCUCCUUCGAGUGCCAGUGUCUGCAGGGCUACACGGGCCCCCGCUGUGAGAUUGACGUCAACGAGUGCAUCUCCAACCCCUGUCAGAACGACGCCACCUGCCUGGACCAGAUCGGGGAGUUCCAGUGCAUCUGCAUGCCUGGAUAUGAGGGCGUGUACUGCGAGGUCAACACGGACGAGUGUGCCAGCAGCCCCUGUCUGCACAACGGGCGUUGCCUGGACAGGGUCAGCGGGUUCCUGUGCGAGUGUCCCACCGGCUUCAGUGGGCACCUGUGUCAGUAUGAUGUGGACGAGUGUGCCAGCACGCCCUGCAGGAACGGCGCCAAGUGCCUGGAUGGGCCCAACACCUACACCUGCGUGUGCACAGAAGGCUACACGGGGACGCACUGCGAGGUGGACGUCAACGAGUGUGACCCUGACCCCUGCCACUACGGCUCCUGCAAGGACGGUGUCGCUGCCUUCACCUGCCUCUGCCAGCCGGGCUACACCGGCCACCACUGUGAGACCAACAUCAACGAGUGUGCCAGCCAGCCCUGCCGCCAUGGGGGCACCUGCCAGGACCGUGACAAUUCCUACCUCUGCCUCUGCCUCAAGGGGACCACAGGACCCAACUGUGAGAUCAACCUGGAUGACUGUGCAAGCAGCCCCUGUGACGCAGGCACCUGUCUCGACAAGAUCGAUGGCUACGAGUGUGCCUGUGAGCCGGGCUACACAGGGAGCAUGUGCAGUAUCAACAUCGAUGAGUGUGCCGGCAGCCCCUGCCACAACGGCGGCACCUGUGAGGAUGGCAUCAACAGCUUCACCUGCCGCUGCCCCGAGGGCUACCAUGACCCCACAUGCCUGUCCGAGGUCAAUGAGUGCAGCAGCAACCCCUGCAUACACGGGACUUGCCGGGACAGCCUCAAUGGGUACUGGUGUGACUGUGACCCCGGGUGGAGCGGGACAAACUGUGACAUCAACAACAACGAGUGCGAGUCCAACCCUUGUGUGAAUGGCGGCACCUGCAGAGACAUGACCAGCGGCUACGUAUGCACAUGCCGGGAGGGCUUCAGUGGCCCCAACUGCCAGACCAACAUCAAUGAGUGUGCGUCCAACCCGUGUCUGAACCAGGGCACGUGCAUCGAUGACGUGGCUGGGUACAAGUGCAAUUGCCUGCUGCCCUACACAGGAGCCACGUGUGAGGUGGUGCUGGCCCCGUGUGCUCCCAGCCCCUGCAAGAACAGCGGGGUGUGCAAGGAGUCCGCAGACUACGAGAGCUUCUCCUGUGUCUGCCCCAGUGGCUGGCAGGGGCAGACCUGUGAGGUCGACAUCAACGAGUGCGUGAAAAGCCCGUGCCGCAACGGCGCUUCGUGUCAGAACACCGACGGGGACUACCGGUGCCACUGCCAGGCGGGCUACACGGGGCGAGACUGCGAGACGGAUGUGGAUGACUGCCGGCCCAACCCCUGUCACAAUGGGGGCUCCUGCACGGAUGGUGUCAACACCGCCUUUUGCAACUGCCAGCCUGGCUUCCAGGGCGCCUUCUGCGAGGAGGACAUCAAUGAGUGUGCCAGCAGCCCCUGCCGCAACGGUGCCAACUGCACCGACUGCGUGAAUAGCUACACCUGCACCUGCCCCGUGGGCUUCAAUGGCAUCCACUGUGAGAACAACACACCCGACUGCACGGAGAGCUCCUGCUUCAAUGGUGGCACCUGCGUGGACGGCAUCAAUUCUUUCACCUGCCUGUGUCCACCUGGCUUCACGGGCAGCUACUGCCAGCAUGAUAUCAAUGAGUGUGACUCUCGGCCCUGCCUGCAUGGUGGCACCUGCCAGGACAGCUAUGGCACCUACAAAUGCACCUGCCCACAGGGCUACACUGGCCUCAACUGCCAGAACCUUGUGCGCUGGUGUGACUCCUCCCCCUGCAAAAACGGGGGCCAGUGCUGGCAGACCAGCACCCUGUACCGCUGCGAGUGCCACAGCGGCUGGACCGGCCUCUACUGCGAUGUGCCCAGUGUCUCCUGUGAGGUGGCCGCCCAGCAGCAAGGCAUCGACGUCGCCCACCUCUGCCAGCACGGAGGACUCUGUGUCGAUGCAGGCAACACCCACCACUGCCGCUGCCAGGCCGGCUACACAGGCAGCUACUGUGAGGAAGAGGUGGACGAGUGCUCACCCAGCCCCUGCCAGAAUGGGGCCACCUGCACUGACUACCUGGGCGGCUACUCCUGCAAGUGUGUAGCUGGCUACCAUGGGGCUAACUGCUCCGAGGAGAUCAACGAGUGCCUGUCCCAGCCCUGCCAGAACGGGGGCACCUGCAUCGACCUCACCAACACCUACAAGUGUUCCUGCCCUCGGGGCACGCAGGGUGUGCACUGUGAGAUCAACGUGGACGACUGCAGCCCACUCCUCGAUCUGGCCUCCCGCAGCCCCAAGUGCUUUAACAACGGCACCUGCGUGGACCAGGUGGGCGGCUAUACCUGCACCUGCCCACCCGGCUUCGUUGGUGAGCGGUGCGAAGGCGACGUCAAUGAGUGCCUGAGCAACCCAUGUGAUGCCCGUGGCACCCAGAACUGCGUGCAGCGUGUCAAUGACUUCCACUGUGAAUGCCGUGCGGGCCACACCGGGCGCCGCUGUGAGUCUGUCAUCGAUGGCUGCAAGGGCAAGCCCUGCAGGAAUGGGGGCGCCUGUGCCGUGGCCGCCAACACUGCCCGCGGCUUCAUCUGCAGGUGCCCUGCGGGCUUCGAGGGCGCCACCUGUGAGAAUGAUGCCCGCACGUGCGGCAACCUGCGCUGCCUCAAUGGCGGCACGUGCAUCUCUGGCCCGCGCAGCCCCACCUGCCUGUGCCUGGGUGCCUUCACGGGCCCCGAGUGCCAGUUCCCAGCCAGCAGCCCCUGCGUGGGCAGCAACCCCUGCUACAACCAGGGGACCUGUGAGCCCACCGCCGAGAGCCCCUUCUACCGCUGCCUGUGCCCUGCCAAGUUCAACGGGCUUCUGUGCCACAUCCUGGACUACAGCUUCGCAGGCGGCGCCGGGCGCGACAUCCCCCCGCCGCAGGUCGAGGAGGCCUGCGAGCUGCCCGAGUGCCAGGAGGAUGCAGGCAACAAGGUCUGCAGCCUGCAGUGCAACAACCACGCCUGCGGCUGGGACGGCGGCGACUGCUCGCUCAACUUCAACGACCCAUGGAAGAACUGUCUGCAGUCCCUGCAGUGCUGGAAGUACUUCAAUGACGGCCGCUGUGACAGCCAGUGCAGCUCGGCCGGCUGCCUCUUCGACGGCUUCGACUGCCAGCACACAGAAGGCCAGUGCAACCCCCUGUAUGACCAGUACUGCAAGGACCACUUCAGCGACGGGCACUGCGACCAGGGCUGCAACAGCGCUGAGUGCGAGUGGGACGGCCUGGACUGCGCGGAGCACGUGCCCGAGCGGCUGGCGGCCGGCACACUGGUGCUGGUGGUCCUGCUGCCUCCCGAGCAGCUCCGCAAUCACUCCUUCCACUUCCUGCGUGAGCUCAGCCGCGUGCUGCACACCAACGUGGUCUUCAAGCGCGAUGCGCAGGGCCAGCAGAUGAUCUUCCCCUACUACGGCCGUGAGGAGGAGCUGCGCAAGCACCCCAUCAAGCGCUCUGCCCCGGGCUGGGCCACACCUGACACCCUGCUGGGCCGGGCUGCGGCCUCGCUGCUCCCCAGUGAGGACAGUGGGCGCCGGCGCCGGGAGCUGGACCCCAUGGACAUCCGCGGGUCCAUUGUCUACCUGGAGAUCGACAACCGGCAGUGUGUACAGUUGUCCUCGCAGUGUUUCCAGAGUGCCACUGACGUGGCCGCCUUUCUGGGGGCACUGGCCUCGCUGGGCAGCCUCAACAUCCCUUACAAGAUCGAGGCCGUGCAGAGUGAGACCGUGGAGCCGCCGCCACCCUCACAGCUGCACCUCAUGUACCUGAUCGGGGCUGCCUUCGUGCUCCUGUUCUUCGUGGGCUGCGGGGUCCUGCUGUCCCGCAAGCGUCGGCGCCAGCAUGGCCAGCUCUGGUUCCCUGAGGGCUUCAAGGUGUCGGAGGCCAGCAAGAAGAAGCGGCGAGAGCCCCUGGGCGAGGACUCCGUGGGCCUCAAGCCCCUGAAGAAUGUGUCCGACGGUGCCCUCAUGGAUGACAACCAGAAUGAGUGGGGGGACGAGGACCUCGAGGCCAAGAAGUUCCGGUUCGAGGAGCCCGUGGUUCUUCCCGACCUGGAUGACCAGACGGACCACCGGCAGUGGACCCAGCAGCACCUGGACGCCGCUGACCUGCGUGUGUCUGCCAUGGCGCCCACACCGCCGCAGGGAGAGGUCGACGCCGACUGCAUGGAUGUGAACGUGCGCGGGCCAGAUGGCUUCACCCCGCUCAUGAUAGCCUCCUGCAGCGGAGGGGGCCUAGAGACAGGCAACAGCGAGGAGGAGGAGGACGCGCCGGCUGUCAUCUCAGACUUCAUCUACCAGGGCGCCAGCCUACACAACCAGACGGACCGUACCGGCGAGACUGCCUUGCACCUGGCCGCCCGCUACUCGCGCUCCGACGCCGCCAAGCGCCUGCUAGAGGCCAGUGCGGAUGCCAACAUCCAGGACAACAUGGGACGGACCCCACUGCAUGCAGCUGUCUCUGCCGAUGCUCAGGGCGUCUUCCAGAUCCUGAUCCGGAACCGGGCCACGGACCUGGAUGCCCGCAUGCACGAUGGCACAACGCCACUGAUUCUGGCGGCCCGCCUGGCCGUGGAGGGCAUGCUGGAGGACCUCAUCAACUCCCACGCCGACGUCAAUGCCGUGGAUGACCUGGGCAAGUCGGCUUUGCACUGGGCUGCAGCUGUGAACAACGUGGACGCUGCCCUGGUGCUGCUGAAGAACGGAGCCAACAAGGACAUGCAGAACAACAAGGAGGAGACGCCUCUGUUCCUGGCUGCACGGGAGGGCAGCUACGAGACCGCCAAGGUGCUGCUGGACCACUUUGCCAACCGGGACAUCACUGACCACAUGGACCGCCUGCCACGGGACAUCGCCCAGGAGCGCAUGCACCAUGACAUCGUGCGGCUGCUGGAUGAGUACAACCUGGUGCGCAGCCCCCAGCUGCACAGCACCGCCCUGAGCGGCACGCCCACCCUGUCGCCCACACUGUGCUCGCCCGGUGGCUACCUGGGCAACCUCAAGCCUGCUGUGCAGGGCAAGAAGGCCCGCAAGCCCAGCACUAAGGGCCUGGCCUGCAGCGGCAAAGAGGCCAAAGACCUCAAGGCACGGAGGAAGAAGUCGCAGGAGGGCAAGGGCUGCCUGCUGGACAGCUCGAGCAUGCUGUCACCCGUGGACUCACUGGAGUCUCCCCACGGCUACUUGUCGGACGUGGCCUCCCCGCCCCUCCUGCCCUCUCCAUUCCAGCAGUCUCCAUCUUUGCCUCUUAGUCACUUGCCCGGCAUGCCUGACACCCACUUGGGCAUCAACCAUCUGAACGUGGCAGCCAAGCCAGAGAUGGCAGCUCUGGGCGGGGCCAGCCGGCUGACCUUCGAGCCUGGGCCGCCACGCCUCUCCCACCUGCCUGUGGCUUCCAGCACCAGCUCAGUCCUGGGUACUAGCAGUGGCGGGGCUGUGAAUUUCACCGUGGGCACGGCUGCCGGCCUGAAUGGCCAGUGUGACUGGCUGUCCCGGCUGCAGAACGGCAUGGUCUCGGGCCAGUACAACCAGCUGCGGGGGACCGUGACAGCAGGCACGCUGAGCACGCAAGCCCCUGCCCUGCAGCAUGGCAUGCUGGGCCCUCUGCACGGCAGCCUUUCCUCCAACACCCUGUCUCAGAUAAUGAGCUACCAGGGCCUGCCCUCCACACGGCUGGCCACCCAGCCUCACCUGGUGCAGGCUCAGCAGGUACCUCCGGUGCAGCAGCAAAGCUUACAGGUGCAGCCACCAGGCCUGCCGCCGCCAGCAAACAUCCAGCCACCCCAGGGCCUGCAGCCCCAGCCGCCACCGCCGCCACCGCCACUAGCACAGCCACACCUUGGCGUGGGCUCGGUGGCCAAUGGGCACCUGGGCCGAAGCUUCCCGGGCGGAGAGCCGAGCCAGGCGGAUGUGCAGCCGCUGGGCCCCAACAGCCUGACAGUGCACACCAUCCUGCCCCAGGAGGGCCAGAACCUGCCCACAUCACUGCCAUCCACACUAGUCCCACCCAUGACCACAACCCAGUUCCUGACCCCACCCUCCCAGCACAGCUAUUCCUCCUCGCCUGUGGACAGCACCCCCAGCCACCAGCUGCAGGUGCCCGAGCACCCCUUCCUCACCCCAUCCCCCGAGUCCCCUGACCAGUGGUCCAGCUCUUCGCCACACUCCAACAUCUCCGAUUGGUCCGAGGGCAUCUCCAGCCCGCCCACCAGUAUGCCGGCCCAGAUCGCCCACAUUCCAGAGGCGUUCAAGUAAACAGCCGCUCUCUCGCCCCCAAGGGACCCCAGCUUCCUUUCCCAAGCCCUACUGGGCGUUGCCAGUGCUCCAGGAUGCUGGGGCCAACCAAAGGAGCCUUUAAAAAAAAUUUUUAUACAAAACAAGAGGACAAAAAUUUCAAUUUUUUAGUAUUUAUUUAUGUACUUUUAUUUUACACAGAAACGCUGCCGUUUUAUUUAUAUGUACUGUUUUUUAUGGCACCAGGUAACUGUUCCAAGGAAAUAAACCAGUUCUCAAAGUCAUGA